AUGCCGGCGGGAUUAUCGGGAUCCAGCCCGUCUCCUAGUCCGGUGGAGCACAGCUUAAUUCCAAACGAGGAGAAGCGGGAGGCCGAUGGCGACUGCAGUGGCAGCGAUGAUGACGUGGAAAGCGUGGAGGAUGACGUGUAUGUCGGUCACCGCCAUAAACAGUCUCGUCGUUCGAUCCUUUCGGGACGGCUCGGGACGUUCGCUGCGAUGGUCAUGGCCGUCGCGUUCUUCUCAGUGGUCCUGGGGUUCGCCCUCGCCAUCUUCCUCACGUCCCACUCGCACGCCUCCUGCUCCUCCGCAUUUGACGGGGGCGGGGGCCCUCCGCCCUCCCCCACAGGCGCGCUGGACGGGCAGCCCACGGUGAUCCUCGUGUCGUUUGACGGGUUCAGACACGGGUACCACCUGAAAGCUGACACACCGAAUUUGAAUAGGCACGGUUACCACCUGAAAGCGGACACACCGAAUUUGAACAGGUCGGCGGAAGGUGUGGGAGACAGUCUGGGAGGGCAGCCUACAGAGAUCCUCGUGUCCUCUGAUGGGUUGCGACAUGGGUACCAUCUUAAAGCGGACACAACCCAUCCGCCUACGAUGCUGGCAGAAGGUACAUUCGCAGAGCAUGGCAUGCUGCCCGUCUUUCCCUCGCUCACCUUCCCCUCGCACCACUCCAUGGCAACGGGCCUCCUCCCUGCAUCGCAUGGCAUCAUCGCCAACAAGUUCCGCCUCCCCUCCAACCACAGCGACGUGUUCUCACCAGGGAAUGUCGACCCCAGAUGGUGGCUGGGCGAACCCAUCUGGACCACUGUGAACCGGCAGGGCUUGCAGGCGGCAACAGUGUUUUGGCCGGGUUCUGACGUGUCGCGACCUGAUUGGCCGUGCCCGUCAGACUACUGCCUGCAAUACAACGAGUCGAUGCCAUUUGAACAGCGAGUGGACCAGGUGCUGGCAUGGCUGGACCUGCCUGCGCCCCUCCGCCCCUCCUUCCUCUCACUCUACUUGGAGGAGCCAGACGAGAGUGGGCACCUGGGAGGCCCGGACACGCCUCUGGUUGCUGCUGCUGUGAAGCGGGUCGAUGGCAUGCUAGGGCGCCUCUUGACAGGGCUUGAUCAGAGGAGCAUGACCAACGAUGUGAAUCUGCUGCUAGUGAGCGACCAUGGCAUGCUGGCCACAUGCAAAUCGCGAGUCAUCUCCCUGGAGCAGUUCGAGCCGUUCAUCCCCGGCCUCUCCCCCGCUUGGAUCGACUUCAGCUACCCGCUUCUCGGCAUCUUCCUCCCGCAAACAGACGCGCAACGCCGCCCGGGGUCUGCCGGCCAGGACUUUCGGAUGGAUGCGGCAGCAGUCGUGGGGGCUAUGAGGAGGGCGAUUGAAGGGGGGGGCAUUGUGAAUGGAGAGGCGCUGAAGGUGUAUUUGAGGGAGGAGUUUCCUGCGGAGUUUGAGUUUUCGGGAAGCGACAGAAUACCAGCUAUCUUGGCGCUGGCAGAUGAGGGCUACUCGGUGGUAUACCACCACUCGUCAGCAUGGGAUGGGGGCAUGCACGGCUACGACAACCGCCUUCCCUCCAUGCGCUCCAUCUUCAUGGCCCGAGGGCCGCGCUUCGCCUCCCACCGCAGAAUACCCACCUUCAGGAACACAGAGCUGUACAAUGUGAUUAGAAGCAUCUUGGAGAUUGAGCCUGCACCCAACAAUGGAUUCUUUAUUUCUCUUUCCUUCAUCUCUCUCUACCCAUCUUACUGCCCCAUGCAGCUGUACAAUGUGAUAACAAGCAUCUUGGAGAUUCAGCCUGCAUCCAACAAUGGGUCCUCGUCUUUUCCAGACACUAUACUAGUCUAA